CCCCGCAACAGAAGAGGCUCGGGGAGCGGGUCCCACGGGCCUCCUCUCCGGGAGCGCCGCCCUGCGGCGGAGGCCAGGAGACCCCGCGUAGAGGGGAAGGGGGGGCCGCACCGCCGGCUGCGGUAACAGCAGCAGCAGCAGCAGCAGCAACAUCGGCCUGCCCCCUGGUCCCGGCGGCCGGAAGAGGAAGUGGCGCUUCUGCUGGAGCCGGUGGCGGUGAAAGGCUCCGUGGCGGGCGCGGGGAGCCUGAGCCCAGCCGAGGCCCUUCCCCGAGCGGGUGGCGGCGGCGGCUGAGGAAGAUGAGGGCCGUCGGGCUGCUGUGGGCCGUGCUCUGCGGCCUGCUGCUCCCGCCGGUAACUGCAGAUGAGGGGAUUCUGCAUGCUUCUGGAAGCGGUGUACCUCCAGUAACAAAAGAUUACUGCAUAAUUUACAAUUCCAGUUGGGUAUCCCUGCCGAACAGCCUGGACAAUGCUACUGUCAGGGCUCUAGAAAACCUGACUUCUACAGUACUCUGCAGUUCAUCUGAAGUUCCUUCUGGCAUAAUGAAGGACAAAGCAGUAGUAGUGAUGAGAGGAAACUGCACUUUUUUGGAGAAAGCAAGAAUUGCACAAAAUUUAGGUGCUAAAAUGCUGUUGAUUGCCAGUAAACCUAGGCUGUCUCCUCUUUCAGAUAACAAGACUGAUUUUGAAAAUGUGACUCUUCCAGUGGCUCUUAUAAGAUAUAGUGACAUAGUAGAUAUGCAGCUGGCACUUGGAAAUGAAAUUAAUGUGACCCUGUACUCACCACCUUUGCCAGAGUUUGAUUACAGUAUGGUUGUCAUCUUCUUAAUUGCUGUGUUUACAGUGGCACUAGGAGGCUACUGGAGUGGAGUAGCAGAACUUGAGAACCUGAAAGCAGUAGCAAGUCCUGGAGAGAGAGAAACAAGACAAAAGAAGGAAGAAAAUGUUACUUUCACCCCUGUAACAGUUAUCUUGUUUGUUGUCAUCUGUUGUGUUAUGCUGGUCUUGCUGUAUUUCUUCUACAAAUGGUUAGUGUAUGUUAUAAUAUCAGUCUUCUGCUUGGCAUCUGCAAUGAGUCUAUACAACUGUCUUGCGGCAUUAAUAGGAGAAAUACCAUUUGGGCAGUGCAGGAUUGCAUGUUGCAACAAAAGCAUUGAAGUGAGGCUUAUUUUUCUUGCUGCAUUCUGCAUAGCAGCAGCUGUCAUCUGGGCAGUGUUUCGAAAUGAAGAUAGGUGGGCUUGGAUUUUGCAAGACAUUUUGGGAGUUGCUUUCUGCCUAAACUUUAUUAAAACACUGAAGAUGCCAAACUUCAAGUCCUGUGUGAUACUUCUGGGCCUUCUCCUUCUAUAUGAUGUGUUUUUUGUCUUCAUAACACCAUUUAUCACAAAGAAUGGGGCAAGUAUAAUGGUUGAAGUUGCAGCUGGGCCUUUUGGAAACAGUGAAAAGUUACCUGUGGUUAUUAGAGUGCCUAGACUUGGAUACUCUGCAUCAACACUGUGUGACAUGCCGUUUUCAUUGUUGGGUUUUGGAGACAUUAUUGUACCAGGGCUUCUGGUUGCCUACUGUCGAAGAUUUGAUGUUCAGACAAGUUCAUCUUCUGUAUACUACGUUUCCUGUACAAUAGCUUAUGCCAUUGGUAUGGUGCUGACCUUCGUUGUUUUGGCAUUAAUGAAGAUGGGACAACCGGCCCUUCUCUAUCUUGUCCCAUGCACACUCCUCACUAGCUCAUUUGUUGCUUGGAGGCGCAAAGAGAUGAAGAAGUUCUGGAAAGGAAGCAGUUACCAGAUGAUGGAACACCUGGAUUAUACAGGAAAUGAAGAAAGCACAGCAUCAGCCAGUGAACAGCCUGGAGGACAAUAACAUGUAGGAUCCUGAUUUAAAAUAGUAUUCAAAUUUUGUACAAAUUAAUGACAGCAAAUUUGGUGAAGUUUUACAAUAAGAGUGUUUCCCACUCUGUAUAAAAGUGUUUUUAUUCCCAUACCUAUAUUUUUAUGGAAAAUAUUGUUAAUAACAUAAAAGUAAUCAAAAUAGACUUGCAUUUUUACAGCCAGACCAUAGCUAGUAAAACUGUGCCUUAUUUUGAUUUAAAUAAAAGGAUAUUUUCUAUGCAAUUUUCCAAAUGUGUUUCUAUACAGUAUAUUUUUGUAAAAGUUGCUUACCCAUAUCAGUUUGAACGAAUUUUUUUGUUAAGUUUGAUUAGGACUAGUCAAGUUUCAUUUAAAGAGAAAUAAAUCACACUACCCUUAAUAGGAUUUCUUUCCAGAUUUUGAAUACAAAGAUCAAUAGUAAACUAUAGCAAUUCUAGAAUGAGACUGUAGUUCCAUUACUACAAGUAAUUAAAUAAACAGUGUGAAUGUUAGUUUGUGUACUUCAUAAGCCAUGAAAUAGAUAACAGGGCAAAUUUAGCUUGGGGUUGAGCUCUUCCCCACCUCUGUGCCCCCUGGUAUCACUGGCUUAUGCCUUAAUUGUGAAAAUUGUUAAGCUCUGAUGCAAGUCUUCAGAUUAUGAGCAUUUCCAACCAUUUCCAAAAAAAAAAUUAAAGGGGGAGAUACUUACACUGUGGUCCUGGAAACUUAGGUGCAGCUUCUGGAAUAGUUGACACACAAAAUGGUGUGACAGGCAACAGGGAUUUUGCUCAAGUGCUAUUUGGGUGGGUGGGGUGUAGUGUUAACUGUCUUCUGGUUCUUCUCCUACCAAUUGAAACUAGGUCUUCAUUUGGCUGUGGAUCAGUUCCAAGGGAUGGGGGAAGACAUGACAGGGGUUUUUAGCUUUUGAUUCUGCACUGUUUUUUUUUU